AUGAGUGACGAUGGAACAAACGGGGGCACUGCGGAGCGGAAAUAUUCUUGUAAGGAAUGCGGAAACACAUAUAAACACCGGUCCUCUCUAAACAAUCACAGAAGAUUUGCUUGUGGGAAAAGUCCUUCCUUCAAAUGCAAUUUGUGCAGCUCUACUUUUUCAAGGAAAUUUUCUCUACGAAGGCAUAUUCAGACAGAGGCAUGCCAAACCUCGAAACAUGAUUUUCCAAAAUCGUAACGGUAUUCAAGCAUCUCCUUUUGCGUUGAAAAUUGAAAAUUCCACUUUCUCCUACCUGGAAAGCCAAAAUUGGCGAACUUUUUGCUUUUGCAGGCUGUACCUAGAAAGAUGUAAACUCGCAUUUUCGAUCUGCGCAGUUUAGAGGAGAAGCAGUGUGGCUACUUGGUCAUGGAAGUUAUUUUUGUUACAAUAAUGAAUCGUAAAAUGUAAGGUAAACUGUUUAGAAUAAUAAAGUUGCUUAGUUUGA